CGCGGGGGCGGGGCCGGCAGGCGGGGAAGAUGGCGGACGCGGGGAGCAGUGCCGGGAAGCGGCCCAAGGGCGCUCAGGUUGAGGACAGGAAGGUGGACUGGCGGCGCUGGAAGCAGGAGAGGAAAGCAGAGACGAAGAAAUGGAGGGAAAUAAAGCUGCUGAAGAAACUGGAGAAACAGCGCAUGCGAGAGCUGGCAGAACAACAAGCCCAGACGCAGGAGGAACAGAAGGAAGACAGAGGGCGCCGGCACACGCUGAGCGUGGCACUGCCCGGCUCCAUCCUCAACAACGCGCAGUCCCCGGAGCUGCGCGCGUACCUGGCGGGGCAGAUCGCGCGCGCCUGCGCCAUCUUCUGCGCCGACGAGGUCGUGGUGUUCGACGAGCAGGGGGAGGACGUCAGGAGCGUGGAGGGGGAGUUUUCAGGAAUUGGGAAGAAAGGCAAGGCUUGUGUGCAGCUGGCUCGGAUCCUGCAGUACUUGGAGUGCCCUCAAUACUUGAGGAAAUCCUUUUUUCCAAAACACGAGGAUCUGCAGUUUGCAGGGCUGCUCAACCCCCUGGACAGCCCCCACCACAUGCGGGUGGACGAGGAGUUGGAGUACCGGGAGGGAGUCGUGCUGGACCGGCCAACGAAGCCAGGCAGAGGCUCUUUUGUUAACUGUGGGAUGAGGAAGGAGGUGCAGAUUGACAAACAGCUGAACCCUGGUCUGCGAGUCACCGUGCGCCUGAAGGAGCCCCAGAAUCCAGAAGCCAAAGUGCGGAAGGGCACCGUGGUGUCCUCGCACCACCCCCGGGAAGUCUCAGGCUUGUACUGGGGUUACAGCGUCCGCCUGGCCUCCUGCUUGAGUGCUGUCUUUUCCGAGUGCCCAUUCAAGGAAGGCUAUGAUCUCUCUAUUGGGACCUCAGAGCGGGGCAGCUCCGUGGACCAGGUCACUCUGCCCUCCUUCAGGCACGCCCUUGUCGUAUUUGGAGGCCUGGAGGGCCUGGAAGCCGGGAUUGAUGUGGACCCCAACCUGGAGGUCACUGACCCAAGUGUCUUGUUUGACUUCUACCUGAACACGUGUCCCGGCCAGGGCAGCAGAACCAUCCGGACAGAGGAGGCACUGCUGAUCUCUCUGUCCGCACUGAGACCGCACAUUGAGAAGGCUGUGAAGACACCUGGACACAGCUGAGGGAAGGAAAACCACUGACCUUGCCCUUGGGGAGGCAGCUCUUCCAAUGUGGGGAGCUGGGCAAGUCACUCCAGGAGCCUGGUGGGACCAAAGCACGGUGUGACUGGAGCUGGCAGCACUGCCAAACCACAUUCCCUGCUGCUGGAGCAGCUGGGCUGUGCCCUCCUGCCUGCAGGCUCCAGCCAAGGCUGGCUGCUGCUUCUCAGCAGCGGGCACAAGCCUGGCAGCAGACUUGGUCUCAGCAGCUUGGACAUCUCAGGUGUGAAUAAAGCAGUCUGGAACCUCA